CAACCCACCUCAGCACUUUAACGGUUGCUCUCUGCUUCUUUCUCGUACUGUCCCCGAUGGAGAAACUGCGAGAGCUGGUGAACGAGAUAGCCUACGCUCGGGACCACACAAAGCUCUCUACUCUGCAACGCUCUCUCACCCCAGUCCUCUCAUUCGCCUCCUCCCUCUACAGAGUCGCUCUCUCCUUCCGCCACUGUCUCUACCGCUUCGGCCUCUUUCGCAAGCACUGGUUGCCAGUGCCGGUGAUCAGUGUGGGGAAUUUGACGUGGGGAGGCAAUGGGAAGACACCGAUGGUGGAGUUCAUUGCUCGCUGGUUAUCUGACUCUGGAAUUUCACCUCUCAUUCUCACUAGGGGUUAUGCUGGUGGGGAUGAGGCUAGAAUGCUUGAAAGGCAUCUAUUUGGGACACCUACAAAGAUCGGUGUGGGUGCAAAUCGGGCAGCUAUUGCUGCUUGUUGUUUUGAAAGAUAUGGUUACAUUGAUCCUCGUAGUAGUACAUGUGAUCAUAAACUUUGCCUUGACAAGAAUGUGGAAAGUCAUCUUAAUUCAGAAAAAAUUGGUGCUGUAAUUCUAGAUGAUGGAAUGCAGCACUGGAGCUUACAGCGUGAUCUAGAGAUUGUAAUGGUCAAUGGUUUAAUGCUGUGGGGCAACGGUCAAUUACUCCCACUUGGACCUUUAAGGGAGCCUUUGACUGCACUCAGACGGGCAGAUGCUGCUGUCAUCCAUUAUGCAGACUUGAAUUUAUGCUUUGUUAUCAAACAGGUUUCAGAACAAAAUCUCAAAGAUAUAGAGUUUAUGAUGCGAGAAGUUAAAGAAUCUCUCCCUAUUUUCUACACUAGAAUGACUCCCUCACACUUUUUUGAAGUGGCAAAUAUUAAUUCCAAACUACCUCUGGAAGCUUUGUGUGACGCCAUCAUAUUAUGUGUGUCUGCUAUUGGUUCUGCAAAUGCUUUUGUGAAUGCGAUGGAGAAGAUAGGAGCAUCUUAUGUUGAUCGACUUGACUUCAGUGACCAUCACGUCUUUCAAGCCACGGAUGUUGAAAUGAUCAGAAGGAGACUUGGAGAACUUGAGGACAAGUUUGGUUCCCAGCCAGUUAUUGUAAUAACAGAGAAGGAUUAUGAUCGAGACUCGGAGAUUCUUAAGCACUUGCAUCCUUGUAAAGUUUUGGCACUCUGUUCUGUAUUGCAAGUUUUGUCUCACAAAGGAUGCACGGAGAAUGGAUUCAGGAAGUUCUUGGAGGAGCUGUUAAGGGUAAAGUUAGCUGGUCCAAACUAGAGUUAUGGUGAUUCUUAAGGGCACAACUUUACAAGCUCAAAUUUUGGAAUUCUUGUGUGCUAAUAUAGUCAUACAACGCCAUAUUUCUUAUUCCAUAUUGGCAAAUAUACAACAGUAACUUGCUUAGAUAAAGGUCCAAGGCAGGACUCCUUUGAGGUUAUCUUCAUUGUCCACCAAAUCCUGAAAAUUUGAUUAGAGUUUGAGAUUAGGUAGCUAGAAGUAUCAAGAUAUAUUGUUUUAUUGCUCUGUGUGGACAUUACUAAGCAAGCCAUCUAAGAUUCAGGAUGUCAAUCAAACAAAAGUGCUUGUUAAAUCAUGAAUAUAUAAGAUUCUGCAGUA